AUAGUUUUUUUUUUUUUUAAAAAAAACGUGGUUGGGGAAGUUAUUGGGUUGAUGUCGGGGAUGUCGGCUGCUGGUGCUGUGGAGUCGGAGGAGCCCAGCAAAGGCAGCGGGCUCUUUGCCGGCUUCCGCGUGCUCGGCCUCCAGUGCAAUCACCUGGCGCAUGUGCUGCGCUACCACCGACGCCAUCGCGAGUUCUACCUGGCCACCGCGGUGGGGAAGAGUUUCCACACUUACAACGUGAAGAAGUUGGGGAUAGUUGCUGUUAGCAAUGCCUUGCCACAAAAUAUUACGUGUUUGGCAGCUGAUCGAAUGCUGGUCUUUGCAUCAUGUGGUGCUCUUUUGUAUGCUUUUGCUCGCAACAAAGAGGUGGUUCACUCUUACUCAGGUCACCAGACAGAUAUCCUUUUUAUAUUGCCAUUUGGGGAUCAUGUUAUCUCUGUAGAUAAUGAGAGCAUUCUUAUUAUUUGGGAUGUGCAAUCAGAAGAAGAAUACUUGCAGCUGGAUUUUGAUAAGACUGUAUUUGCCAUUUCUGCAGUUUUACACCCACAUACUUACAUGAAUAAAAUACUUCUUGGUAGUGAACAAGGACCUUUACAAUUGUGGAAUGUAAAAUCCAACAAACUUUUAUAUACGUUUCCAGGAUGGGGUGCAGGAGUGACAGUCCUUGAACAGGCACCAGCAGUGGAUGUCAUUGCAGUUGGGCUUGUGACUGGGCAUAUAAUAGUGCAUAAUAUUAAGUUUGAUGAAACACUGAUGAAAUUUCAACAGGAUUGGGGCCCCAUUACUUCAAUAUCAUUUCGUAUAGAUGGGCAUCCAGUUCUGGCUGCUGGAAGUCCUGUUGGGCAUAUUGGUUUAUGGGACCUAGAGGAAAAGAAGCUUUUGGGCCAGAUGCGAGAUGCACAUUCAACAGCAAUUUCCGGUAUGUCAUUUCUCCAAGGAGAGCCACUUCUCAUUACUAAUGGUGCAGAUAAUGCUAUAAGGGUAUGGAUCUUUGAUGGCCCUGGAGGAAGUGGUAGACUGCUAAGAUAUCGAAUGGGACAUAGUGCACCUCCAACAAAAAUCCGACAUCAUGGGCAAAAUGGGCAGCAGAUUCUUAGUGCUAGUCAAGAUGGUACUUUACAAUCAUUUUCCACAGUGCACGAAAGAUUCAAUAAAAGUUUAGGACGUGGUUCGAUAAAUAAGAAGAAAUCAAAAAAGAAAGGACUUCAUAAUGACACAAUGGCACUUCCUCCUAUUACAACAUUUGCAACAGAGGUGGCCCGUCAAAAUGACUGGGAUGGUAUCAUUGCUUGCCAUCAAGGUUAUGUAACUUGUACUACUUGGAAUUAUCAGAAAUCUUCAAUGGGAAUCCAUAAACUGAAACCAAAAGAUGUCAGCAAAAAUAAAUCUCUUGGUAUCUAUGCAACAGCAGUAGACAUUACUUCUUGUGGAAAUUUUGCAGUAAUUGGACUUUCAACAGGGCAUGUGGAUAGAUACAAUAUGCAGUCUGGCAUUCACAGAGGACGUUAUGGUGAAGAAAAAGCUCAUGAAGGCAGCAUAAGAGGUGUAGCAGUGGAUGGACUCAACCAAUUUACAAUCACAAUAGGAAGUGAAGGAUUAAUCAAAUUCUGGAAAUUCAAGACCACAACAUUUAUUCAUUCUAUUGAUCUCUCUACGUCUCCAAAUAAAAUGCUGCUUCACAGAGAUAGUGGCAUUCUGGGAAUAGCUAUGGAUGAUUUUGGCAUCAAAGUUCUGGAUAUAGAAACAAGAAAAAUUGUGAGAAAAUAUUCAGGGCACCAAGGGCAGAUAAAUGACAUGACUUUCAGUCCUGAUGGCCGUUGGCUAAUAACUGCAUCAAUGGACUGUACCAUUAGAACUUGGGAUCUACCAUCUGGAUGCCUGGUUGAUUGUUUCCUGCUAGAUUCAGCAGCAGUAAGCAUUACUAUGUCUCCUACUGGAGAUUUCCUAGCUUCCUGUCAUGUAGAUGACCUUGGAAUUUACUUGUGGUCUAACCGUUCCCUGUUUUCAGUUGUUUCCCUGCGCCCUCUUCCAUCAGAUUAUGAGCCUUCUGUUAUAGCACUUCCUGGUACCUGUUCAACUGAAGUUGAAGAUGUUACAGAAGAAGAUGAAACAAAUGAUGAAAUGAUACAAUAUGAAUCUCCACAACAGCUGGGAGAAACAAUUGUUACUCUUUCUUUGCUGCCAGAAUCUAGAUGGAAAAACCUGCUCAGUUUAGAUAUUAUUAAGCAAAAGAACAAGCCCAAAGAGCCGCCCAAAGUACCAAAAUCUGCACCGUUCUUCAUUCCCACUCUUCCUGGUCUUAUACCACAAUUUGCUUCUGUUGAACAUGAAAGUGAUGGACCGCAGUCAAAAGUGGUAAAUCUUGGAAUAUUGGCUCAAAAAUCUGAGUUCUACUUGCUGCUUGAAGAAGCAUUAACAAGUAGCAACUAUAAGCCUCCACUGAGCAUUCUGAAGGACAUGGGACCGUCUAAUAUUGAAACAGAACUGAGAGGCUUGUCACCAGAUAGUAGUGGCUCUAUUGAGGUGAUGCAGAGUUUCCUAAGAAUGAUUGAAGCAAUGCUGAACACAAAGUGUGACUUUGAACUAGCUCAGGCAUACCUUGCCCUGUUUCUAAAGUUACAUUUUAAAAUCAUUUGUUCCGAGCCUACUUUGUUGACAGAAAUAGCCAGGCUGUCAGCCCAACUUGAAGAAAUCUGGAUUCAUUUGCAGACUCUAUUCAACCAAAACAUUUGCAUUUUAAAUUACAUUAAGACAGCUCUCUUAUAAAGUACCUUUUGUUCUGUAAGAUUGAAGAUGUUGAAUUCUUAAUUUCUUGUAGAAAGCUUAACUAACAAGAGGUGUUGAACAUCAGUUUUUAAAAUAUCAUUAUAAAUUGACUUUUAUUGAAAUUUAAAUUAGAAUCUAGUAUCUUCAUAAACUAAUAAUGUGCAUUGUAUUUAAAUAACUACAGAGAUAAUAAAAUUCUUAAAACAA